AUCGCCCAUCGCUCAUAAUAUUCUCUAUUCUUUUUGUUUGACACCAGAAGAAGAGGACGAAGAUGAUGAAAGUCAGGAUCAAUCCCGAUAACGCGGUCGAUAGCGUGUUUGUCCCGUUUGCACCCGAUCUAUCCAUCCAACAGACCACCGAGUCCAACUGCGCCUCGUGAAGUCUCCCAACACCUGUCCAGACGACACUAGCCCACACUGAAUUCGAUACAGCAUGUUUGGAGCCCUGAAUCGUUUCAUCGGCCGGCUGGACGCGGAGCCCCUCCAGCACGCGCAGUCCCCCCACGACAACGCCUUUGGGUUCCAGGUCCUCCGCAAUAAAGACGCGGAGCUCCCUCUGGAGCCGUGGUUUGAUUUCAUCGUGGGGAUCAACGGGCGGUUGAUAGACGACCCAGACCCCUCCCUAUUCGCGACCGAAGUGCGCAACUGCGCAGGAGGAAACGUGAGCUUCGAGAUAUGGAGCGCAAAGUACACUAACAACCAACCAACAGGGCCAACGCACCCACACCGUAACCCUCCCCAUCCCCCAACCAACCCAACCCUCAACCUCGCCCUCCAACUCGCGCCCCUCUCCUCCACCCAAAACAUCUGGCACGUCCUGUCCAUCCCAUCCCCGCUCAGCCCGGCCUACCGCGCCGGCCUCCUCCCGCACUCAGACUACAUAAUCGGCACCCCGAGCGGCACCCUCCGGGGGGAAUCCGCGCUCGGCGAGCUCGUCGAAGAGCACCUCAACCGCACGCUCGUCCUCUGGGUGUACAACAGCGAAUUCGACGUCGUGCGCGAAGUCGAGCUGGUGCCUACGCGCGGCUGGGGCGGAGAGGGCGCGCUGGGCGCUGAACUCGGCUUCGGGGCGCUGCAUAGGCUUCCUGUUGGGUUGGGCGAGGAAGUCGAGGGACCCGGUGAGGUUGUCUUUGAGACGCGCGAGGAUGGAUCCUCGGAGCCUCUUGCGAAUCGCCUCUUCCAACAGCAACAGCAACAGCAACAGCAGCAGCAGGCAGACACCGGAAGCGCAAGCGGAAGCGGGAGUCAAUUCCUGAUGCCAGCGACGAUGGCCUCGCCGCCGCCGUUGGCGGGGUCAGUGUCACCGUCAGCGAGCCAGUCGCCGUCUGGGACGCGGCGUGGUGGGGGGAGACGUGCGGGCGCGGGGGGAGUGUCGCCUAGUCGGGCGUUCGAUGAGUACUUUGCGGAGGGGGAGCAGAAGAGUAAGGAGCAAGAUUAUGCACCGUCGUCAAGACGGGGGACGCCGCUGCCACCGCCGCCUAAAGUUGGGGUGCAAUCUCCUCCUCCUCCGCCUCCCAAGGCCGGGGUGCAGUCUCCGCCGCCGGCUGAGGCGGAGGCGGAGGGUGGAUCCGCGUGAUGUGUUGAGCUGGCUCGGUAGACCUAUGAUAUUCC